AUGAUUGGUAAUGUAAUAGCGACCCGACGUCGUACGAGCUUGGCAUUAUUACAGCAAAGCGGUGCAUCCCCGAACAGUGAAAAUGCACACCAAGAUGCACUGUGUAAGAGACAUUCAGAUGAUCCUGGACGUGGUAUUGCCCGUGUGAAGCGUACGAAAGUCGGUCCACCCAAACUGAGUCAACCUGAUAGCGAUGAUUUCGUCGACGAUGUACCUAGACACGGUCUUAUGAAAAUUACGAAGGCCAAGCAUGACAAGGGUAAAUAUGAAAUAUCAGACAACGACACUUUAGACAAAUAUAUAGACAACUAUGUUGCUGACGAUGUUGGCGUUGGUUCUGACAUGGAUGAUGAGAAGUUCCCGAGCAUGAACACAAGGUCGUCAGCAUCGAUUUUCGUUAAGGCAAUUUCUGACAUGUCUGACGUGAAAAAGCUUGCGAUACGGGAAAUGGGACUGGGGUGUUUACUGGAGUUGGGCAUAACAUCAACCCCGUCAAAAAUGGGGCUCUGGCUAGUAGAAAACUUCAACUACAUGGACCGGAAGCUGCAAUUAUACGAUGGUGAGAAGGUGUUGGACAAGAUGAAGGAGUGCGCUGAUGCUGAUGAUUGGUUCAAGCGCCAUUUUAUCGUCCUUAUGGUCUCUUGUCUGUUUGAGAGUUGUCCAAAUGGAAUGGCAAACUUCCGUUUGAUGCACAUGCUCGAAGAUUUAUCAACUGUAGCCAAUAUGAAUUGGUUCUCGUACAUGAUUCGGUGCUUGGUAGACAGCAAGAGAUCGUGGGAAGCGAACGACAAGGUAGUCUUGUCUGUGCGUUCAGUUGCAAGAGUUUUCCCGACAUUUAAAUCGUGGAGCAAUGAGUCAUUGAGAGACAGAGAACGCGAUGAGAUCAGUUCAGGAGCCUUUGGAAAGGGUUUCGUGGAUUCUGACAUGUGCGUGAACGUCACUAGCCCUCAGUCAGAUAAAGCUCUGCUCAGAUGCUAA